GGUGGAACGAAGAGUUCAACUCCACUUUUGCGUUUGCUCUGCUGCGUCCCUGCUUGAAAAGGCUGCGUAACAAGCCUGGAGAGCUAAUUUUUUCUCCUACACCACGAUUAUUGUGAAGAGUUAACUGCAGAUAAAAUAAAAUAGUUUCUUCUCAGGGAUCUAGCAAAGCUGUGCUGCUAGCACUGUAACAGCACUUUUGGAGUUGUGCAAGUGCAUCUCUGUGGACUACCAAGGGGGUCACGAAUCCCUUACUUCACGUUGAUGAGUGCAUUUCUCGGCAGAGUAAUCCGCCAUAAAGACAUGCGACUAGUAGCCUGAGCGCCUGGAGCUGAUUGUGUGCACUAGCCCACUGAUCAUCCAGCAGGGAGUGCAAAGCGAUGUCAGACUUCAAACGCGCCCACUCACCAGAAACGAAUGGAGAUGCUGGUGCAAUUGUUAAGAAACAGCGUACAGAAGAUGGAAGCCUGGUGGUCAGCGCUAAGCAGCCGAAGGAGGGUCCACAGAGGACUUCAGGGCUGCUGGCGCCUAUCAUGCUGCUGACAGGGCAUGCGGGCGAGGUGUUCACAUGCAAAUUCAACCCGGCCGGUGACGUGGUGGCCUCCGGAUCCCACGACAAACACAUCUUCUUGUGGCGGACCUAUGGAGAAUGCGAGAACUACAUGAUGCUCCAGGGCCACAAGAAUGCUGUGCUGGAGCUGCACUGGACCUCGGACGGCGAGCGGAUAGUGUCGGCCAGCCCCGACAAGAGCGUGCGCGCGUGGGACGCCGUGACGGGGGAGCAGGUCAAGAAGAUGUCUGAGCACGACAGCUUCGUCAACAGCUGCUGCCCGCUCAAGCGCGGCCCGCCCCUGCUCGUCAGCGGAUCGGACGACGGAACAGCCAAGCUGUGGGACCUGCGAUCGAAGCGCUCGGUGCACACGUUGAGCGAGCAGUACCAGGUGCUGGCGGUGGCCUUUGGAGAGGAGGGAGACCAGGUCUACACCGGCGGCAUCGACAACUCCAUCAAGGUGUGGGACCUGCGCAAGGUGGAGGUGUCCAUGUCGCUCAAGGGCCACAGCGACACCGUCACUGGACUGCGCGUCUCGCCAGACGGCACCCACCUGCUCUCAAACGCCAUGGACAACACGCUGCGCGCUUGGGACAUGCGGCCGUACGCGCCGGCCAACCGCUGCGUGAAGGUGUUCACGGGCCACUCGCACAGCUUUGAGAAGAACCCGCUCAAAUGCGACUGGUCUCCCGACGGCACCAAGGUGACGUGCGGCAGCGCGGACCGCAUGGUGUGCAUCUGGGACGUGGCAACGCGGCGCCUGCUCUACAAGCUACCGGGCCACAACGGUUCGGUCAACGAGGCCACCUUCCACCCACUCGAGCCCAUCGUGGCAUCUGCCUCCAGCGACAAGCAGCUGUACCUCGGAGAGCUCGUGCUCUGA